AUGGGAGAUCAAGAAGUAUCUUGUACUCAAUCAACACAACCGUCUGAUGAGCUAGUCCCUCCUCCAUCUGACCAACCACAACCAUCAUCAGUGGUAUGGGGGAGAUUAGUCAGCUGUCACCCAGACUCAAAGCACAUUGAUCUCAUUGACAAGGAAAUCUUCUUUGGUAGAAACUUUAAAAAGUGUGCUGUCGUCAUGGAAGACCCUACUGUUAGUGGCAUUCAUUGCAAGAUGGAAAGAAAAGGUAAUAGUCUCUCAUCGUCGUCGUCGUCAUCAUCUAGUGGAGGGUCGGUUUGGAUCACCGACUAUAGUACCAAUGGAACAUUCAUCAAAGGUAACCUAUUGGGUAAAGAUAAAUCAACGGUUCUACAAAAUGGUGAUAUGGUCUCUUUUACAUCGAGCAAGAUCAAUAGUACUCUUUCAUUUAUAUUUCAAGAUUUACUUUUAUCUGAUUCCGAUGGUGAUGAUGGUGAAAUCAAAAAGUUUUAUAUUAUACAUGGUAUAUUGGGAACAGGAAACUUUAGUGUUGUAAAGAAAUGUACAAAGAGGGAUACGGGAGAAAACUUUGCAGUAAAGAUUAUAGACAAGAAAAAGUAUUGGCAUUUAUCGAGUUCUCGAAAUCAGACAGAGAGUGAAAUCAAUAUAUUAAAGCAAAUCAAACACCCAAACAUCAUCUCUAUCUUUGAGAUAUUUGAUACGGAGCGAUACUUGUACAUUGUGCUAGAGUUGGCAACCGGUGGAGAACUAUUUGACAAGAUCAAGCAAAAGGGAAGAUUUCAAGAACCUGAGGCAAAGGACGUGUUUAAACAGAUACUCAGUGCAGUAUCUUAUUUGCAUCAGUUGAAUAUAUCACACAGAGAUCUCAAGCCCGAAAAUAUACUCUAUGGUUCAUCACCCAAUAGCGGAGAGCCAAUCAUUAAGAUUACCGAUUUUGGUCUCGCCAAAAUCAUCGGCGAAAAGGAAAUGGCCACGACAUUGUGCGGAACGCCUCUCUAUGUGGCACCAGAGAUUAUUAAAAAUUGUUUAAUGGGUAAUAUGCCUGGAUCAGGUGAUAAAAAGGAAAAGAUGGGUUAUGGAAAAGAAGUAGAUGUUUGGUCUUUGGGUUGUAUACUUUAUAUUUUAUUGUCUGGUAGACCACCAUUUGAUGUAGAUAAAACAAAUAGCUUUCAACAGAUUAGUAAGGGUAUUUUUAAUUUUGAUAAUCAUGUUUGGUCAACAGUGACCGAUCAAGCAAAAGAUUUAAUUACAAGAUUAUUAAAUGUCGAUCCUACAAAACGUAUUCUAGUUAAAGAAGCUUUAAAUCAUAAUUGGUUUAGUAAUGAAUUGUACAGAAACUCAACAACACUAAACGCAUCACCACAAAAAUUACAUCAUCAAGUUAUUCAUCUUCCUUUAAUUAAAUCACACAACUCUGCAAUUUCACUUGGUUUAAAUAUUGCUACAACACUCAAAAAAGAUGAUGAAAAAGAAAAAGAAAAAGAAAAGAAAAAUGAUAAACAAAAAGAAACAACCACUACUAAUAAUAAUUCAAAAAUCUACAACAACAACAAAAAUAACAAAGAUGUAAUAUCAAAAACAAACAAUCAUCAAUCAAAGGAUAAAGAAAAGGAAACCAUUUCAGUUGACAGUGAUGAUGAAGAAGACAAAAAAAGAAAUAUUCAACAAAUCCAAUCAAAUAACAAAGCAUCUUCAGCUGAUGAUCAAGAGACUCAUCAAGACAAUAACCCACAAGUUAAUGGUAUUCAUAAAUGGAGUGACAUCAAACAAUCACCCAUACUAGCAGUAUACUUUGGUUACCUCGAUAUCUUUAAACAAGUUGUAAUAGACUUUGAGAAAGAAUACUCUCAUUAUAAAUGGUUUCAACAUAGUCAAUCAAACUUUAACAACUAUAAUAAUAAUAAUAAUAAUAAUAAUAAUAAUAAUAAUAAUAAUAAUAAUAAUAACAAAAAGAAUAAUAAGAAGAAUAAUAAUUAUAAUAAGAAUAAGAAUAAUCAAACAUUUAUACCACAUUUAGAACAAAUCAUUCAACAAGCAUGUGUAUCAAAUCGAUUAGAAAUACUCAAAUUUAUAUAUAAUAGAUAUAAUCAUUUGAAAGAGAUUGUAUAUUUUAUAGAAUACUAUUCUAUUAAAAGUGAUAGAUAUCAAAUAUUUAAAUACUUUUAUGAAGAGGUAUUUUCAAAGACACCGAUCUUUAGAUCAACCUCUAGGUUGUUACGAGAAUCUAGCAACUUUGAAUUGGUAUCACUUUGUUUUAAAAGUGAUCAACUUCAACAAGAAUCAAACACCAUCCCGUUCUAUACCAACUAUAUAGAUGAGAAAUAUUUCUCAGACUUUGUAACAUACUACCGAUUCAAAAUAGAAGAAUUUAAAAAGUUGCCAGUUGACUCGGCAAUUGAAUGUGACAUAGAUUGGCUUGGACAUUGUGUCAAAUUAGAGGACAUGGAUACAAUCAAAUUCUUGGUUGAUAAUGACCAUCGACUCGACUUUGGUAAACACACUAAAAGCUCAAAUGUAAUUGAUCUUCUUUUGGAACCUGCUCUUGAUCAAGGAGCUAUUAAAGUUUUAGAGUAUCUCACUCCAUUUUGUCAAGACAUUGUAUCAUUUUCAGUAUCAGUUGAAGGAAUGAUUAAUCAUUUAGAUUCACUAAAAUUUAUUUUAAAAAAGGCGAACAAGUCUCAAUUGGAAAUAGAUUUUACAAAUGAUGCAUUGGUGUGGCACGCAAUUGAAAAGAGUGAUUUGGAGAUUGUAAAGUUUAUCUAUUCUUGUCGUCAAGAUUUUUUCAAACCACGUAAUUGUUUCUAUUAUUUGGAAAAUCAUCUCUCGAAAAGACCAUCACUUAUGACUCGAGACAGUUACGAUUUGAUUUACUUUUUAAUUCCACUUGCCAAAGAGAAAUUAAAAGAUAUUGUAAAGUCGGCGGUUCAAGACGGUCAUUUGGAAAUUGUCAAAUGGAUUGAAGACAAUAUAGCCGGUGACAAGGGUUACAAUAUAGAUGAUGCAUUUCUGGCAAAAGAGAAUCGAUUUGAAUUGAUCAAAUAUAUUCAUAGUCAUCCAAAAUAUGAACCUCAGGUUCUAUUGGCUUCCUUUACUCCUAAAUUGACAAGAGAAGAAUUGGAAUAUCUUAUUGAAAUGGUCAAGGUACCAGUAUCGAAUAGGUUCAUAACUGCUGCCAUUCAUACUGGCGAUAUUGAUACUUUGGAAUACGUCCUAUCACAUGCCAAAAAGGAUGUUAAUAACAAAAAAAGAAAGAACCCUGAGGAUAACAAGGACGGCAUUCGAUUACCAAGAGAUUAUAUAAAGAAUAACUUGCUUGGUGUGAUGGGGUAUUUACAAACACAUACAAAAGCAAAGGAAAUGGUUAUAUACUUGUACAACAAAUAUAAAGAUGAAACACCAAUGACAAUGGGACUGUCACUCAUGUCCCCUAUCAGUCAUUUAGAAAAAAGAUAUUUUCAAGAUUUGUUCAAGUCUGGUGGUAUCACCCAAGUCUAUCAAUUCUCAAAUUACUUGCCCUCGGUUGAAAGUCUAAUCAUUUUGGAUGAGAUUGGUCAAUUGAAUAACUAUCCCAAUAGUUUGGAUGUGGAAUCUAGUCACUCUGGAGAAAUGGGGUUCAUGGACUGCCUCAGAUUCAUUAGUUUCAAUCAUGCCAACAAAUCAAAAUUGGAUUCUCUAUCUUUUAUCAAAACAGCCGAAAAACGAUGGACCAACCCUUCUCUUUUUGCCGAAUUUCUAUUGGAUACAUACAACCAACCGAUUCAAGAGAAAUCUAUUCUCGAAAAUAUAGAAUCAGUUCUUGGAAUGUACAAUGGAACAAGUUUACCUCCAAGUUUUAUUAACCUCAUUCAAAAGCAUUUUAAUCAACAUCCAAAAAUUAAAAAUAUAAUUUUAGAAACUCUAAACAUAGAAUCAUCAUCAUCAGAUGAUGAUGGUAGUGAUGAUAGUAAUGAUGAUUCCGAUAAUUCAAGCUAA